AUGCAGGAUGUCGAACAGUCUGUUGAUAUAGAAGAAGUUCAGGUUAUAACCGAUGGCAAUUCAUAUGAUGAUAUUGAUUUUGACUUUUUACCUCGAGAACAUAUUUCGAGAUAUACAAAACUUUUUGUGAAUUUUGACGUUAAUGUUUUUGAGCGAUCUGAAUCUGAACCCGAACAAAGCACUGAUAAUGAUAGUGACGAUUCG